CGAUAAAAGAUAAUACAUACAUAAGUGAUUAAGUAAACAAAUAUCUAUUACUUCUGAUUAAUUCUUUGUUCCUGUUCUUUCUUUUCUGCUCAUUUUUUUUUUCUUUGACAGAUUAAAUAAGUACUAUACUAUAUUAAAAAUCUAAACGACGAUGUAUUACUAUCAGAUCCGUGUGAACUGUAUGAGAAAAUGUAAAUGAUCGUAAAGGUAGAUACACACACGCAUAUAUAUAUAUAUAUAUAUAUAUAUAUAUAUAUAUAUAUGUGUGUAAAGUUGUUUAGAAGGCCUCACGUAUAGUCGCUGAGAGUUGGAUUUCGUUUGGCUGAGAAAUUGGUUCUGCUACCCUUAAAGAAAAGAGAUAGGGAAAGAGAGAAAGAGAAAGAGAGAGAGAGAGAGAGAGAGAGAGAAAGAGAGAACGAAAUAGAGAAAGAGUAAGAGUAAGAGUAAGAGAGAAAGAGAAAAGAGGCGGGACUCCGCCUUUCGGUGAGAGAGCCAAAAGAACGAUGCUAAGUUGAGGCGUCAGAAGGAAACUUGGCUUUCUAGUACGCGUGGGUGUCCAUGUAGGAGGUUCUUCGAGAAACCCCUCCUUUCACGUGGCACCUCCGCCCGUAGCUCUUUCAGCUUUUCUCUUGGACGAUUUGAGAGAGGGAAAGAGAGAGAAAGAGAAAGAGGGAGAGGAGAGAGAGAAUGAUGUUCCGAUGAUAAGAUCACUAGCGGGGGUAGUUGCCGGCAGAGAGUCCUUUCUGAAUCAUCAUCCGAUUUCAUCGUCCGAGAUUUUCUCUCUCUCUCUUUCUCUCUCUUUCUCUCUCUCUCUCCCCCUUUCUCUCUUUCUCUCUCUCUCUCUCUCUCUUUCUCUCUUUCUGUAGAAAUCCUUCCUUGUCAGCAAACGCUCUUCGAGGCGAGGACAAGUCCCGUUGACGAUCGGUCGGUCGGCAAGUUUUGAGAUCAUUAUUUCUGCCUUGGUACCCCUCUUCUUGUGAUACGCCUAGCUGUCAACGGCUCCAAUACGAAAUUCGGUCAAAUUCUGUGACUUAGAACGGAGAACGGAGAAUACUAAGUCGACUUCUUCGUCUUCAUCAUCGUCAUCGUCAUCAUCAUCAUCAUCUUCUUCUUCUUCUUCUUCUUCUUCUUCUUCUUGUUCUUCUUCUUCUUCUUCUUCUUCGUCGUCGUUAUCGUCGUCAUCAUCAUCAUCUGCUACAUCGUCAUUCUUUUCUUCCACUUCUUUCUAAUUCUCGCCUGUGUCUUCGCAAAUAUAAACAUUACAGAGAAACAAAAAAACAAAAAAGAAAAAACAAAAAGUAGAAAAGCAAAAAAAAAAAAGUAAAAACAUUUGUCGUUAAUAUCCGGAAGAAUCAUGUCGAAUCGAUUUGAAGUGUUGUUUUAAAGUGUCACGCAUAUCGCAUAUCGGUCGAUUGAGAAUAUUACAUAGAUACAUAUCGAUAAAGCAAAGGAGAAGUGUUUCGUAAAGAUAUAUCAUAUUAAACUACAAAGAUAUCGUGAUUUGUUCGAUGUGUCCUUCGAGUAUAAGUUAAUUAUGCAAGAGCAGCAAGAAGAACAACGUGAUAUUGGUGGUGCCGAUUGCUGUUACCAACAACAAUGGCCGACGCAACAGCAACAUCAUCAACAAUUAUCGAUGGUACCAUCACCGAUGCAACAAAUGGAAGCGUGUCUACAAAGCGCAGGAAGAGUAAAACGAUCCCGAAGUCCGAAUUUAAGUAAGUCGUCUUUGGCGUCGCACGCUUCGAAUCCGCCGGCAGUAGCCGUGGUGGUAGCAACAUCGUCGUCGUCUUCGUCGUCCACCUCUUCCGCGGACGGUCGAAACGACAGGAAUAAUAAUAAUCGACAUCACGGGGAUCAUCAUAAUAAUCAUAAUAAUAAUAAUAAUAAUAAUAAUAAUAAUAAUAAUCAUCAUCAUCAUCACCAUCAUCAUCACAAUCAUCAUCGACGUAGAAGCGACGAGGGUACGGAAGAAAUUGGUUCAUCGAAGAGACCACUUCAUCCGGCACUCGCUGGAGCUGGGGCAGCGCUCGAAGCUAAACCGCUUUGGGAAGAAUUUCAUCAAUUGGGAACGGAAAUGAUCGUUACCAAAGCUGGAAGAAGAAUGUUUCCUACUUUUCAGUGUCGACUCUUUGGUUUGGAUCCAAAUACGGAGUAUCUUUUGGUGAUGGAUUUUGUUCCGUGCGACGACAAGAGAUAUAGAUACGCAUUUCACAGCAGCGCAUGGGUAGUCGCUGGUAGGGCCGAUCCAGUAUCACCACCAAGGAUUCACAUGCAUCCUGACAGUCCUGCCAGCGGAGCCCAUUGGAUGAAGCAACCGGUCUCUUUUGACAAACUCAAGCUCACUAAUAAUCAACUCGAUGACAACGGCCAUAUCAUCUUAAAUUCGAUGCACCGAUAUCAACCAAGAUGUCACGUUGUAGUCGCACCCUCACCACCAGGUUCAGCGCCAGAUCCAAGGACGGAAAACUUCAAGACAUUUUCCUUCCCAGAGACGAGAUUCACCGCGGUAACGGCCUAUCAAAAUCAUCGUAUCACCCAAUUGAAAAUCGCUAGUAAUCCAUUCGCUAAAGGAUUCCGAGAUUGCGAAUCCGACGAUUGCGAAACCGUAGCGGUAUCUUCGGCAAUACAAAAUCCCGCAAAAAGAUCGGCACCGAGUGGCACGAGUAACGUAAACGCAAAUGCCAAUGUCCUUACAACGAGCGGAUAUCCGAAUACUAUAAUAUCUCAGGGAAUGCAAAUACCCGGUUUGUCGAGUCAAGAACAUCAUCAUCAGUUUUAUGCGACCGCUACUCCAGGACCUUGGUCCACUUAUCCCCCUCCUCCCCCACCCCCGCCGCCACCUCAUCCCCAUCAUCACGGACAAUCCAACCCUCACGUCAAUUCCCUUCAUUAUCCUCAUCCUCAUCCUCAUCCUCAUUCUCAUCCUCAUCCUCAUCAUACCCAUCCUGGUACUUCUCUUUAUGGACCACGAUAAUCCUCUAUAAUCGUAUCUAUAUAUCUAUUUAUCUAUCUAUCUAUCUAUCUAUCUAUCUAUCUAUCUAUCUAUCUAUCUAUCUAUCUAUGUAUAUACAUAAACGUGAUCGAGUCGAUGAUACGUGUUUAAACCAAAGCGAUUAAAACAACGUUACACAUUUAAUGUUAAGAUUGCCAGAUUAUAUCGUGGAUCUAAACAUAAUAUGUAUUUUGUAGAGAUUUUAUCUUAUUUAUAUUAAACGUUAAAUAUAUUUUCCAAUGACGUAUUGGUUACGAAAGA